AUGACCGAAAAAGAGAUGAUGGCAGUGGUGUUCGCAUUUGACAAGUUCAGGUCUUACCUGAUAGGCUCAAAGGUAAUUGUUUAUACUGACCAUGUUGCUCUCAGGCUGGAAGGAGCUGAAACGAAGGUUAAGGUAGAAGAGAUUCUGGAAACCUUUCUAGAUGAACAACUACUAACAAUGAUUCUCGAGGAAGCGCCAUGGUAUGCAGACAUUGCAAACUACCUGGCGAGCAGUAUUGUUCCUUAUGACCUUUCUUCUGCUCAAAAGAAAAAAAUAGAUUGGGCAAGGAAGUUAGAUGAUGCACUGUGCGCGUAUCGAACCGCUUUCAAAACUCCAAUUGGCAUGUCGCCAUACAAAUUGGUGUUUAGGAAGGCGUGUCAUUUACCCGUAGAGUUGGAACAUAGAGCUUGGUGGGGGUUGAGACAGUUGAAUCUUGAUAGUGAAGCAACUGGAACAAGUAGAGUAACAGAAUUCCAUGAGCUGGAUGAGUUCAGAUAUCACGCUUUCGAGAGCACAAGAUUAUACAAGGAGAGAAUAAAGAUGAUACAUGACAGGAACAUUAUUGAGCGAAAUUUUAAACCUGGAGAUACGGUAUUGCUAUACAACUCGCGUCUGGGGUUGUUUGCAGGCGAAUUGAAAUCACGAUGGUCAGGACCUUUUUGUGUAGUUGAAGUUCACCCUACGGGAGCAGUAGAGAUUGCUGCGAGUAAUGACUUUCGCACAUUUAGAGUCAAUGGGCAUAGACCGAAACAUUAUGUGGGCAUAGAGGAAGCAAAGAAAGUGUCAGUGACCCAUUUGAUCGAGCCUCAAAAGAUGAGAGGACCUUAA